AUGUAUCGCGGUCGUGGUGGAGCUCGAGGAGGUGGGCGAGGACGAGGAAGAGGCGGAGGAACAGCAAGUGCAACAGGCAAAGGAGUCUUCGCGAACAAUAUAUGGCACUGCAAUUGUACGCCUCGACUACCCGCAGAGCACUUCAAGGUCAAAAAGGAGGGGCCGAACAAGGGACGCUGGUUCUACACCUGCCAGCAACGGCAACCCACGGGAGCCAAAGGUUGCGACUUCUUCCUCUGGGAUGAAGAGGCCAAACUGCGAGAGGAGACGACAGUGUUGGCGAACAGUCGCAACGAGCUGCAGCAGGACUUUCAAGACGGCUGGGAUGCCGGUAGAAGAUUGGAGCAUGUGCCAUCGUCGCAUAGCAAGCCUCUACCACAAGGCAAAGGACUCUUCUCCGGCACCAACAGUCGACCGCCAGCCCUUCGAGAGGACUCUGAGACGCCUUCACCUCCACCUCCACCGGACAUGCGAUCCGCCGAUGUGAGCAGGAAGCGCAGUGCGCGAGACAUGAUUCUGGACGAGGGUGAGGACGAUCAACCGUGGUCGUUGAAUGGAGACGAGGAGAAGGAGCUGGCAGAUAUGGCUUGUGUCCCAUCCGCUUUCGACACACCACAAAAGGCGCAGAACACGGGCGUAUACGCCACGCCAGCAACAUCCGUCAAGAAGAGCCGCCGAACACUACCAUGGCUACAGGAGCAAGAGCCCAUGACGCCUGCUACAAGCAAGAAGACGGUCAGCGACUACUUCGCCAGCCCUUUGACUGCGCAAGUAGACCGCAAGACAGUCUCCUUCGAGAUUGCCUCAAGUCCAUCGGAAGAAGCGACACCUUACACACCACUUCCACAAGCUCCAGAGAUUCCGUCGUCAUCCACCGCACCACUCACACCUUCACCUCCCUCCCGCCACAAGGACGCCCUACACAACCCAGCAGACUCCGCUAGCUCCUUGACCAGCGAAGUCCUCGCCGAGCUCGCCUCGAUCAGGCUCCCACCAGAGAAGCUGGCCAGCAUACGCAGCAUUCUGUCAAAACAUGACCUCAAAACACAGGGUGUCACGAAAGGAAGAGAUAUCUCGAGACUUGCUGUGAACGCGAGAGAUGCGAAGAUCGUGCAGCUGGAGUCGACGAUUGCAAGCUUAGAGGCACAAAGGGAACUGGAUCGAAGCGUUAUUGCGCAGUUGAAGCGGAAGAAAGAUUAUGGGCAGGAGGAAGAGGAGGAAAGUCAGCUUUGA